AUGCCGCGCUGCCUUUCGGCGGCCAGGACCUACACCCGCGAAUGCCGCGCGCUGCAACUGGGACUCCUCCGACGCCUGCGACGCAUCCCUCUUCUUCUACAGGCUCUCCUACCGCCUGCUCCCGCUGCCCCUCAAGGAGAUCGGCCCCCGCCAGUUCCGCCGGGGGUCUGCGGGGCGACAACUUGCACCGCGUCGCAAGCUUCAUCCAGCGCCUCCGCGCCCACGAGCCUGACCACGAGGGCCCCCGCGGCCCUCCUCGGCACGGCGCUGGACCACUUCCACCUCUUGCCAUCGAUGCGGGAGUUGGUCAUCGGACUUUACAACAAAGUGCUGGUCCGCUUCCACGCCCUGUUCCUGGGGAGCCCGCCGGCUGCGCCGUCGAUGACGCUUGCGAUGCUCUCGCUGGAGGCGACCUUCAUACCACUCUACCUGCUCGUUGUGAAGCUCGGCGGCUCGCCGUCGAUGGCGGCGCUCAGCAUGAUCUUCUGCCCGGCCCCGCUGCUGCCGCCGCUGGUGGUGCACCGCGUCUUCAUCAAGUCUCGCUGCUCGCUCCUGCUCCUGCAGUGCUUCAUGGUCCUGCUGCUCUACCGCUUGCCCUGGUCGCUGCAAAACUACGCGAACUUGCCGCCGAGGGUGGCGACCUAUGUGACCUAUUUUUAUCCGAUCCCCGUGGACGUCAGACGACUGACAUGA